AUGGAGUCCGGAAACGAGAAAGCCGCGGGCGAGGGCGUCCAUGCCCCGCAUGCUGCCCGCAAGGGCAAGUCGGCGAACGGCAAGAUGCCCGUCCUCGGUGGUGUUUUCAUCGUCGUCAACGCCCUUAUGAUGAUCCUGGCCUUUGUGACCGUCGGCUCCGUCGCCAUUGACGCUGUUCAGAUUUACAACAGAUUCGGAGUCCUGGCCCAACAGGUAGUCCCGAAAAACAACCACGUCUACGGCUACGGUGCUCGCGACUACGGAGUCGAGGCCAUCGGCGGCGCUCCAGCCAUGAUGAACGUUCGCGAUGUCAACGAUGCCACCACUACCGACUGCUCCACCGGAACCGAGACCACCAUGCCUCCUCCCCCGUCCUCGCCCGCCAGCGACAUCUCCAGCGUCACCACCACGUCGACGGCAACCUCUACCGAGACCCGCACGACGUCUGUCUACAGCACCAGCGCCAACAAUGCCACUAGCGGCAGCGCGCCCACCUCCACGCCGCCGCCCGCUCCCCAGGCGGCCAGCAGCGGCGGCACCUGCGCGGCGGCCAGUACCGUCACCGUGGUCUUGACGGUUAGCUCCGGCUCGACGACGACGCCUACUAGGGCGGCGGACUCGACAGUCUCGUCUUCGAUUCCCGACCCCGCCACCACAACCACCGCUACCGGCCCCGCGGUCGUCUCCCCGUCGUCGUUCUCGACGGUGCUGACGACCACGACGAUCAGCGACGCGACCAGCACGCGCACGCAGUUCGCCGCCCCGACCUCGACCGCCGCGACUACUGCCGUCGAGGGAAGCAUUGGCGGCAACUACACCACUACCACCACCAACGACUCGGGAGUAGUAGUCCCCACGCCGCUGAGCAUCACGCCGCUGGGCAGCAUCACCAGCAGCACCACCAGCAGCAGCUCGCCCUCGGGCGGCACAGGUGGCGUCGUGCUGCCUCCCCCGUCGAGCAACGGCACGUACACGGCGCCUGCGCCGGCGCCGCUGACGAGCAUCGCGACGGCGGGCGCGGGCGCCAACGCGGCCGUGCCGGCGGCCAUCAUCAAGACCACCAAGGGCGGCACCAAGACGUCGGCGCGCGGUACGUCGGCGUGGUACUGCGUCGUCAUGCUGUGUGCGGUCGCUGCGGUCGCGCUCUGA